GUUGCAGUCGCGCAUGCGUGGUGCAGGACAGGGUGACCCUGAGGCUAUCUGACGGCGAUGCUGAGCAGGUUCCUGGGUCCGCGCUACCGGGAGCUGGUCAAGAACUGGGUCCCCACAGCCAGCAUGUGGGGCACUGUGGGUGCUGUGGGGCUGGUGUGGGCCACUGACUGGCGGCUAAUCCUGGACUGGGUGCCAUACAUCAACGGCAAGUUUAAGAAGGAGGAUUAACUGGAUAUCUGUUGGUGUCAUCUUCUCCCACCUCGGUGCCUGCUGCAUCCAGAACAGCCCAAGCCUUGAUGAUGGAUCCUGAGGAAAUCCACAGUGCAGCUGGGGACCCUCAUUGCUGAACAGCAUUGAUGUGUUGGUGUUCUAAUGCAUGUAGCAUUAAAUCCCUCUGCAAUCUGC